GCUUUCUUCUGUUCUGUUACUUUUUUUAAAGUUUAGAAAUUUUCAUUACAAAAGACUAAACAAAAAUACACUGCCUUUAGAAUGCAAGUGUAUAUGCCUAGAAGUUUUUAGUCCUUGGCCCUUGUGUAUAAGUAAGGUCUGCAGGUUUUCUCUGUAUCAGGAAGUACAACAAUCGGGAGGGUCACGUGAUAUUAAACAUGGCUUCCUAACCAGUUGCCUCAGGGGAGCAGGCUUGGUAGACUGGGCUUGAUAAAUUUGCCUUUACAAGCAGGCAAACUGCUUUUAUAGGCCAGGCUGAUAGCAGUUUACAUUCAGACACACCCAGACACUGGGGGCACUGGUUCCAUGGGAGCCAUGGAUAACGGACCUCCAACUCCAUCCACCAGCUGGGACUCUGCCCCCAGCAGUGCCACACUCUGGGCAAAAAUCCCUGCCAGCCAGGGACCCUGCUUCUGCGGAUUUUGACCACAGCUUCUCGGAGCCCAGCGUGGAUCUAGCCCCAUGAAGGUGGGAUACAGAGGGAUCUCAGGCCAAUCCUUCCAUGCUGUCUUCAAGCCCUGCUUCCUGCACAUCUCCCAGUCCGGAUGGGGAGAACCCAUGUAAGAAGGUCCAUUGGACUUCUGGGAGGAGGAGAACAUCAUCUACAGACUCAGAGUCCAAGUCCCACCCGGACCCCUCCAAGCUACCCAGGUCCCGGAGACCCAGCCGCCUGACGGUGAAGUAUGACCGGGGCCAGCUCCAGCGCUGGCUGGAGCUGGAGCAAUGGGUCGAUGCUCAGGUGCAGGAGCUCUUCCAGGAUCAAGCAACCCCUUCUGAGCAAGAGAUUGACCUGGAGGCUCUCAUGGAUCUAUCCACAGAGGAGCAGAAGACUCAAUUGGAGGCCAUUCUCGGGAACUGCCCCCGCCCCACAGAGUCUUUUAUCUCUGAGCUGCUCAGUCAACUCAAGAAACUCCGGAGACUCAGUCGACCUCAGAAAUAAGCCCGGAAGAUCAUCUUUAGCAGCCUCAGCAUUACCAGGCCUGACCUGACACUCCAGAUCCUGACUAAGAGGGAAACAUCUCCUUGGGACACAAACAAAAAACGUGGACAAGGAGGGACAUUUGCACACUCCUACUGUCUGUGUGGUCACAGCUAGUCUGUCAGCUGGGCUCUCUGGGAGAGGGCUGGCUGUUGUCCAGUGCUUUCCUUGGCAGCCAAGUGGAUAAAACCUUUAGAAGCCUCAGCUCAA